GCAACAAUAAUAUCAAUUCCUCGCGAAGAACCUCGUUUCCUUUCAAUUGAAGCGGCUGCUUUGGACUAAAAUCUGUGAAAAGACUCAGCGACUCGGAGUCUCCUCUCAGAACGCCUAUUGCGUAAGACGUUUCUGUCUUAAAUAUCAUUAACAAUGGCCACUUCCUCCGCUCCCCGCCAUCAGCUACGCUCUCUAUACCGCUCCCUUCUGCGCGAGUUGCCUGCCCGACCCCUCUCGGCUCCUUCCCCUCUUCAGCAGCGCAUCCGGGAUCAAAUGUCGACGGGCUUUGAGGCCUCUACCAGCCAAUCCUCGCACGCUCCCUCCGAUGUCGAGCACAUGGAACAAUUCGUGCAAUAUGUCCGCGCACAGCGGAUGUAUGUGACCCUCUUGGAGAGGUACAACCCGGGAAUGUUGAUGGAUGAGGAGGAGAAGUUGCGCUUAACAGCGCGGCGAGUGGGCAUGGAAAUGCCUGAGUCAUUCAACAAGGAAUAGAAGAAGGGGGGCGGCUGAAGACGAGGGGCUGGGAUAGUUCAAAGAUGAGAGGAAUUCUAUUUUAUCGACGCUAGAUAUCAAAAUCAGGAGUUUUGUGGACGGUAUUAGUUUAUGGUCAAUUUCAGAUUCUUUCGAAU